AUGAUACGCAAGGCAAGCUACAUUGUUCUACCCCUGGUCGCUCGUUUCAUCUACAAGGAGAUAUACAUUGAUAUAGCUGAAAAUUACGCCACAUCCACUCCUGUUGAUGUUCCUCAGAUUAUACAAUCAGCAAUUCCGAUCACGACCAACCAAGCCAAUGGAAAAGGUCCCCUUACUGCCUUUCCCAUUCUUCGAAAUUUCGAUCUGAUCAAAAAUGAUGAUUUUCAUGACAAGCUUCCAGCAUGGGCUGAUGCCCGGCAGAGUCUCUGUGACUCCCUUCCUUGGUAUCGAGCAGUCCAAGGGUCUUGCUAUAACCAUGGUGGUAUUUGCUACGGUUUCCUUAUUGAUGAGGAUUGCGGCUCUGGAUUCUACAUGGAUGAAGAAAUUAUCAUUACUCGAGUCGGUGGAAGCUACAGCAAGGUAGACGGAGGGCUUCGAUUGAACAAAGAUCAAAGCUUGACGAGAUAUCCUGCCAUGGCACUCCAACGCAGCAUGGUUGACAAAUUUCCCGUGGGCAUGAUCAUUGGAAACAAGAACUCCCUGCUGGGCCCCAUCCUCGAGCACCGUUACACCGUCUUGGCUUAUUUCCGAAUCACCAAUAUCUGGUUUGAGAAAAUUGACACCUAUGCCGGACUUAAGAUCCGCUUUGAGAAGCUGGACCUCUUGGAAAAGAGCUGGUGGGCCGCAAAGGAUAGCCCUAACCCUCUUCCAUACGAAGCUCGAAACCCUCUUACUGUUGCCAAGCCGGAAGUCAUCAAAUGCCUUCAUUGCCUUCAACCUAGCCCACGUGCCUUUGAGCGAGGCUGGAUGUGCCUGACUCACGAUUGUGCUCGAUUUUGGAAGAUUGGCAACAUCAAUCAGCCAGAAAAUCUGACUUACCAUUCCGCUUGGCUGUCAACCCGUCAGAAUCCUCGAGAUGAUGAGAACACUCAGAACCCUAUGCAAGAGCCUAGUGGCCCUCUGAUUCCAGAUCAUGCUCAAGUUUUGCGCGAGUCCAACGAACUUGACACUACGCAUCGGCUGAGCUGGCGUGGCCUUGUAUGCCCCUGGUGCAGAAAGUGCAUGUCACGGACUCUAUGGGAAGGAUGGAAGUGCAACAGUGAUCCUAAACUCGAAGAUUUACCUGAUACGUGCAAGUUUGAAAUGAUGAUCCAGCUGAUGCAAGUUCCAGCCAGCCUUGUUCUUCGCCAACAUGAACCCGUGCCUGAAAUACCCAGUCCUGGACUGAAUGUUGAUCUGGUUUCUUGCCUCCCUUACCACAAAUACACCUACGACUUUCCGGGUGUUGGCUCUUUGACCCAAUUUCGGGCCAACCAAUCCAUCCAAGAGGUUCCAGGAGGCCCAAACGAUCUAUUCGAAAACCUUCAGAAGGAGCCUUUGGGUUUGAAACGCUACCCUCUUCAAUCGAGUGUUGUUACCGGUAUAUUGACCUCUCACUUUGCUGUGAACUAUGGUAUGCCCUACAAAUACGUGGUUUCAGUAGCCUCGAAAGGCUUCAGCGAGGCACCAGAUGCCAUCCUCCGUUCUCUUGGGCGACUGACAUGGGCCACUGAGAAGGCAGUCACAGCUGCUGGUGGAGUUUUCCAGCCGCCAAAUGAGUUACUCACCCUUGGGUACUUCGAGGGAAUGAAGAUUGGAUACCAUGAUGAUGGCGAGAAUGGCCUCGGACCGACAAUUGCCACCUUGUCUCUUGGAGCGUCAUCAACAAUGAGCCUCCGCAUGAAGCCCAAAUACUACCAUGGCCGAUCCAAGAGUGGCGUUCUCCCGAAGGAUGACAUUGUCCUCCCCGGCUGCAGACUUGAGAAACGGCGUCUAACCUUGAAGAAACAAUUCAAGAAAGGUACCAUUGACCGGGAUACGUAUGAUCGCCGUCGUGCCACCGCUUUCCAGCACGAGAACUUGACCGGAGAAGCACCUGUGUCGGUUGUGAUGAAUCUACACCACGGAGACCUGGUAGUCAUGCAUGGAGAGAAUUUGCAGAAAUACUACGAGCAUUCCGUUAUCUCCAACGAUCUUCUGCGAUUUGCCCUGACGGCUCGCUACAUCAAGCCUGACAGCGUCAACCGGUCCGAGAUCGCAAAGGGAGAUUUCACCCUGACUCCCGACCAAGCAUACAAUGGAAACUAA